AUGAAAGGAAAACAUCAAGGUGUACAAAAGCGAUUUUUAGACAUAAAUCCAAGAGCUUUUUAUACUCCUUGUGGUUGUCAUAGUCUUAAUUUGACAUUGUGUGAUAUGGCUAACUCUUGUAAUAAAGCUAGGAAUUUUUUUGGAGUUGUUCAACGCAUUUACACAAUUUUUGCUAAUUCAACAAAGAGAUGGCAAAUUUUGAAAGAUAAUGUAAAAGGGUUGACUCCAAAAUCAUUAUCAUCCACUCGUUGGGAAAGUCGUGUUGAAAGUGUCAAAGCUAUAAGAACUCAAAUGUCAGAUUUUACAGAAGCUUUACUUGAAGUGUCAGAACAUGAUCUCGAUCCUAAGAUACAAAAUGAAGCUAAAUCCUUAGCAACUAAUGAGCUUGGUGAUUUUGAAUUUUUGAUGGCUAUAAUUAUUUGGUUUGAAAUAUUAUCUGCAAUUAAUUUUGUUAGCAAGCUUUUACAGGAAAAGGAUAUGCUUAUUGAUGUUGCUAUGGAAAAAAUAAAGGAGUUGAUUUCAUUUUUUGAAGGAUAUAGAGAAACAGGUUUUCAUAAGGCAUUGGUUAAUGCUAAGGAAAUUGCGGUUGAAUUGAAUAUCGCUCCAAUAUUUCCUCAAAGGCGUAUAAUUAAAAGAAAAAGACAGUUUGAUGAGAAUUUGAAUACACCAGCAGUCGAGCUAUCUGAAGAGGAAUCUUUCAGGGUUAAUUAUUUUCUUUACCUUGUUGAUCAAGCUGUUGUUUCUCUUAAUAAGAGAUUUGAGCAAUACCAAGAGUAUGAAAGUAUUUUUGGUUUCUUGUUUACUUCUCACAAGUUACAAUCAUUGGAUGAUGCAACUUUGAAGUCUUUUUGUAGUAACUUUGAACGAGUACUGAAACAUAAUGAGCAAUCUGACAUUGACGGGAAUGAAUUUUUUGAGGAAUUAAAGUUACUAAGACAAAUGUUGCCUGAAGAAAUCAUAAGACCUACUGAUAUAUUAUUAUUUUCAAAAGGCUUGGAUUGUUUUCCUAAUACAGUUAUUGCAUAUAGAAUUUUGUUGACUAUUCCUGUGACAGUUGCUUCUGCAGAAAGAAGCUUUUCAAAAUUAAAGUUGUUAAAGACUUACUUGCGGUCUACCAUGUCACAAGAAAGACUUAACGGAUUGGCGUUGAUAGCAGUUGAAAAUGAUCUUUUGGAGACAGUAAAAUAUGAGGAUUUGGUUGAUGAAUUUGCUUCAAAAAGUGUUAGGAGGAAGGCUCUUUUUAAGUAG